AUGGACCUCAGGACCAUCAUCAACACCGACUCGGCCGUGGGCGCGGCCCGGGGCCCGCAGCAGCUACACCCGCAACAACCACAGCAUCACCAGCAGCACCAGCACCAGCAGCCGCAACAACAGCAACAACGGCUACAGCGGCCACUCUCUAUACACUCGCUGGGGCCAGACGAGUCUCCUCUGCGCAGCGGCAGCAUCCACGAUGAUCACCCUCCGCAGCACCAUGAGUACGGCGGCGGCCCAGCGGGCGGACGACCGUCGCAACCGCACCCGCUGCAGCCUCCUCUACAGUCCCCCAAGCGCAUGGCAGCGUCGUAUAUGAACUCGACUGCUCAGUCGCCGUACCAGCAGCCGCCACUAGCUUCGAUCCUGACCAGCAGAGAGCCCGGCGAGCGCGCCAGCAGUGUCCUGUCCGUCCCGCGAGAGCCCUACUCGGCGUCUUCGCUGCCUCCGCCCUCUGCGGCCUCGCUCUCCUCGCCCUUCACGCCCCAGCCGACCAGCGCCGGGACUCAGCAUUCGUCCUACUUCUCCCAGCAGCGCUCCCACUCGGUCCACUCGGCUGCUUCGCCUUCUUCAGUGCGCAGCCUUUCCUAUCCCUCUGGCCGUGAGCCUUCAGGCCAUCCGUACUCACCCAGCCAGCAACAGCAGCAACACCAGGCAUACCAUCAGCAGCAGCAACAGCAGCAGCAGCAUUAUCAGCAGCAACAGCAGCAGCCGCAGCAGCAGCAGCCACAGCAGCAGAGAUCGCAGCCGGGGACACCUCUUGCACCUCCCGGAUCUUCAUACCGUCGACCGUCCCCCCAUCCGGUCCGUCCUCCGUCUUCUGGCCAUGAUGCCCCCCUGUCAGCUCGUCUGGGAAGCCCCUGGGGUAGUCAGGAUGCCUCCUCCGGUGGCCAGAGGGACGGAGUGUCUCCAACGACUCGUAUCCCCGGCAGUUUUCCAUGGAACGGGAAAAAGGAGCAGCAUCUUGAUAGUGUUAGCCCAAAAACCGUCGUUUCUCAACAGGGAGCCGCCGCGUAUGGUGAUAUCAACGCCAGCAACACCAUCAAUAGAGACAAUGCCAUCAGCAGCAACCAUAGCCUUCUCAGUCAACCAGUCCAGACGCCCCAUAAGGACCCGGAAUUGACCCAGCAAACAACACAUCAGCCGGGACUGGAAAAUCAAACCUUUCCUCCCACCACAGCCCGUCCGUCUUAUCCUCCUUCAACUCCACAAACUGCAUCCAUCAGUAACAUAACAAAUUCUACCACUGCCUCUGGCUCGCCUACCAGUCGCCGCCCAGUCCAGGAAGCAUCACCAAGUCUCCAGCAUCAUCCUCUUCCUCCUAAACCUCUUCAUCAAUCUCGCUCUAGCAUCUCAGCGGCCCCUGGAUCCUCUUCCUCGUCAGAACGUGUGCCAAUGUGCCCCCCACGGAAAAAACGCAAGAGAUACACCCAACCUCCUAUAUUCGCCUGCAAAGCUCCUAGACUCUCCGGUACUCCUCCUCCCAUCCCCCCCAAAGGCAGCCAGGCGCCGCCUCAGCCUCAACCGUCCAUCUUCCCCGGUAAACGACCGCUACCAAAGCGCGAAAGCCUCGACCGUAAUGUCACUUCAGACUCACUUCCUCCUCGACCUUCUAGGGAUGGUGAGAUGGCAGUCAAUGGCAAUACAGUCAAGGAGCCGUCCGGAGAGAGCCCUCUGGGACCUUGGGAGCCUACGAUUACAAACGUCAUUCCAGCUGAAGAAGUAACAAAACUGAUAUGUGAUUUCUUGUUUCAACAAGUUGUCAUGCGUAAGGAUAUUGGUGCCGGCCCUGCUGGAGGUACAGCCGUUGGAUCAGGUGCCAUUCUCGAGGUCGAGGCCAAAUUGGGCAGGCUGAUAGAUAAAAGUAGAGGUGAGAGGCUGCGUCUGCCCGUCCUCUCGGAAACAGUUAUCAGCAAGGACGAUCCCAAUUUCAGGUUGGCCUUUGAAAGUUCAAUGUCACAGGCCCAACACCGUGCAAUGAACAACUUUCUCAACGAGGCGGUCAAGACAUCCAUAUCCCAAGGAACAGCACGCAUCCCACUCGCCUACGCUCACAAACGUGAACGAGAUACCUUUUACGAUAUCUCCGCCAACGACCUCCCUCCAAUUGUCCAACAUCAUCUACAUCCACGCCACAAGCCCAGGGUACGGGUAACCACCGACGUCCGCACAGGAGCCGUCAUAGCCCGCAUCGUCAAGUGCCGCAUCGCCGACCUAGAUGUGUACAGUCCCCGAACGUGCCUUGACUGGCGUAUCAGCGUGAACCUGGAAAUGAACUACGACGGCGACCUAGACAAGUUACAGCAACCAAGUGACUGGAAACGAAAUGGUGACCGAAACAAAGACCGCAUGAGCUACAGGCAUCUAGCAUACCAGAUUGACCUAACACAGGUCGGAACAACAGACAGCGCCCCCUCGGACUUUGAGCAUGAGCUUGAAAUCGAAAUAUCCUCAGCCGAAAUUAGACGACAAGGUGACCUUGCUUUAUCCGGGGACAUGAACAAUCGCUACGAAGAUCUUAUCAAGGGGUUUGUAGACAACAUCCGUGUUCUUGCAAGAGCGGUGCCGGGUUAA